CUCUUCCGGCGAAGUCAUUUUGUUAUCCACUUGCGUGGUUGCUGAGUGUAUUUUAUUUAAGUGAAAAGAAAAUAAAUUAACUAAUUAAUUUAAUAAAAUUCUGCAUUUCUAAUUAUUGUGAGAUCAAAAGUAUAAAAAAUGGCAGAUAAAGAUAGGAAUGAUGUUGAAAUGAAUGGAGAAGAUUUUUCUAAAGAUGUUGAGCAGCAAGUCAAUGGAGAAGAUCACGGUCAAAAUGGUGAUUCAGGCGCUCCAGGACGAGAUGAUGAUAGAAAACUGUUUGUUGGAGGACUAAGUUGGGAUACAACUGAAAAGGAAUUGAGAGAACAUUUUGGUCAAUAUGGUGAAAUUGAAAGUAUAAAUGUUAAAACAGAUCCACAAAGUGGCAGAUCAAGGGGUUUCGCCUUUAUAGUAUAUUCGUCUGCAGAUUCAAUCGAAAAAGUUGUAGGAGUUGCAGAACAUGUCAUCAAUAAUAAAAAAGUUGACCCCAAAAGAGCUAAAGCCAGACAUGGUAAAAUAUUUGUUGGUGGUUUAACAACUGAAAUCAGCGACGACGAAAUUAAAACAUUUUUCGAACAAUUCGGAAAGAUUGUUGAAGUUGAAAUGCCAUUUGACAAACAAAAAAAUCAACGCAAAGGAUUUUGUUUUAUAACUUUUGAAUCAGAAAUAGUUGUUAAUGAAUUAUUGAAAACACCAAAACAGACAAUAUCUGGUAAAGAAGUUGAUGUUAAGAAAGCCACUCCAAAACUGGACACUAUGCCAAUGGGAAUGGGAAUGGGUAUGGGAAUGGGUAUGCGCGGUGGAAUGCGGGGUGGUCGCGGAGGACGAGGUGGACGAGGAGGUUAUGGACAAGGAUGGAGUAAUCAAAGCUAUGGUAGUUAUGGCCAAGGAUACGGCUAUGGUGGCUAUGAUGGCUACGGCGGUGGUUAUGAUUACUACGGUGGAUAUGGUGGUUAUACAGGUUAUGAAGGAUAUCCUGGAUAUGGAAAUUAUGGUAAAUACACCUCCUCCUACAAUCAAUCAACAUAUCAAAACCAUUCUGCCUACAAUAGUAAAAACAAUAGCUAUCAUUAAGAAAAUAACCAAUUAACGAACAAAAUCAAAAAAUUUAAUAAUUUCUACAACACAAGAGCACUUUACUUCCACUCAUAUUUUUUUUAAUAUAAACUUACGACCUCAAUUAUUCUUUUAUUUCGUUGACAGAAAUUAUUAAAUUUCUUGACUUAAUUAAUAGAUAUUAGGCAAAUCAACAAAAUAUUAAUAAAGCCUUUUGAAAAAAAGGAAAAUUGAAACCAAAACGAAAAAUUUUGAUUUGAUUUUUUAACCCUUUCAGAAUAAUAAUUAAAUUAUGAAUAUAUAUCUGGGGAAAAAAUAUUUGUAUUAGCCAUUACAUACUUAUACUUACAUACGGUGUCGGUAAUAUUUUUUUAAUACGAUUUUUUUUUUUUUAUUUUUAAUCGAUCGUUGAUUUUUCUUAAUUUCAAAUUUUUAAAUAUUUUAUUUAAUAUAAGUCAACUUUUUUAAUAUUUUUUAUAUUUUAUUUGAUUUGUGUAAGGUUGCUAAAUAUACCCACAUUAAUUAUACAUAUUAGUUGUUUUUUAAAAUUUAACUCUUUGUUUAUAAUUUGUAUAUUUUUUGUUAGUAAUACUGAAAUAGUUAUCACAGAUAUAUAUUUAAGGCUUUUGAAUAUCAAAAGAAAUAACAUAAUAUGAAAAGGGUUAAAAUUAUUAAUUACAAGUAAUAUUGAAAAAUAUUUUUGAAAUUCAACAAUAAAAAGUUAAUGUAAAUGCAUUAUUCCUUUGGUAUAAUUGUGCAUUACAAUUAUAUAAAUACAAUCAACAUCCUUUAACAAUAAUAAAAUAAAACAAAAAUACAUAUAAGAAGAAAAAAAAUCGAACAUUAUUGGCGAAAAAGUGUGUUUAAAUCUAUAAGUAAUUUUUUUUUUUUUUUUCUAAAUAAAUUUUGCAAAAUUUUGAUAAUUAAAUAUAUAAAAGUAAAAAUAAUAUUAAAAAUAUAAAUAAAAACCAACUCUUCAAAUUUUCCACUCUUGCAUGAAAAAGUUUUAAAAGUGCAUAGCAAUUGAAAUAUGUAGAUUAAAUUUUACAAAAAUUUUAUUGACUUUCGUAUGCUGUUAUGGGAAAAUUCAUCUAGUAAAAAUUAAAAUUUUUAUAAAUUUAUUGUUUGAUUUGAAUUUAAAAAAAAAAAGUAUUAAAGUAAAUAUUUUUUCUUUGUUCUUUUUAAAAAAUUUUUAUUUUUCAUGUGCUAUUACGUUUCCAUUACAAGAAAAUAUUUUUUUUUUUUUUUAUAAAUUCCUUUAAAGUUACAAGAAAAUUAUGUCCCCAACUAAAAAAUCAGUAUUUUGCUGAGAUUUAAUAUUAUAAUAUAUUACGCGUACAUAAUUUAAACUUAUUUUUUUACACAGCAUACCGAUUCUAUAUUGGAUUUUAAUAAUAAAUUGAUUAAAAAAAUUUUUGGAAUACAAGUCGUAACUUUUUACAAAGUUUUUGAUGUAAUUUUUUUAUGAUCAAAAUUCAAACAGAUUGGAUCUCCACAAUAUUUUUUCUCUAUGAAAUUUCCAAUAUAUUUUUUAUUUAUUGCGUAUAUACUAUUGUAAGCUUAAACAAUUGUGCCAAUUAAUAAUAUUGAUCAAAAAAGAAAUAUGAAUAUAAAAAGAUAUGAAAUCCGGUUACAUUGUGCCUUUUGUAACAAUAAAAUAAUAUAAAAAAAAACCAAUUUAUUGCACAUAAUUUUAUUUUUAUUUUUAUAUAUAUGUAUAUAUAUAAGUAUAUAUAUAUACAUAAUUUAUAUUUAAAUAACAUACGUAUAUACAUUUGAAUAUAUUUUUACCAUAUAAUAUUUUUGAAAUGUUAUUUUUCUAAAUAGUUUUUUAUUUUAAAAAAAAAAAACAAAAAAAAAUUUUAAAACGAAAUAUGAAAAUUUAACAUUUUGAAAAUUGUUUUAUUAUAAUUAGCAUAUAUUUUCGUAUGCAAAAUUUAUAAAUCUAAUAAAAAAAUAUUCAUUUCUUAUUUGAUAACAAUUAAAAAAUGAAUAUAAGCUAAUAUAUAUAUAUAUAAGAUGUAUAAUAUAUUAUAUAAAUAAAGUUUGUAUAGAAACAAACAUUAUUUACACGUAAUGUUAGUCAUUUAAGUGUUAUAUAUAAUAACAGUUAUUUUAUUAUUUUAUGUGUGUACAUAUUUUUUAAAUACAUAUUUUAUGGGAUACAUAUACCGAUCACAAAAUUUAUUGAAUAAAAGAAAAAGCCGCAGUCAUUUGAUAUUACAUCUUACUUUUUUUUCAUUUUAAUGUUACAAGUAAUGUUGUAAUAUUCAAAUAUAUUUUAUUUUAAUAUGUAUUUUUCUUAUAAUUUCAAAUACAAAAUUUUUUUUUACACUUCUUGAAAGCAAACGAAUUCAUUUUCAAAUAAGAAAAAUCUACUAAAGUAAAAUUUUUUAAUCAGAUACUAAGAAUUUAAUUUAAUUAAUAAAAAUUCAAUCAAUUCAAUUUUAAUCAUUUGAAAGUUUUUAUAAUUUGAGAAAAAAUAAAACACAUAGAUAUUAUUUUAAGUUUUUCAAUGAAGAAAUCAAAUAAAAAUAAUUGGUGGGUUUCAUUGAAUUCUAUAAAACUUAUAAAAAUUUUUUUAAAGUUGUUAUACAAAAGUGAUCAAAAGAAAAGUACCAUUUUACAUAAUAUUUAUUGUAAAAACGAUGAUUUUUGUGUUUUUUUUUUUUUAUUUUUUUUUUUAUUUUAUAUAUUUCCUCUUCACAAAAAUCAUUUAGUGAUAUAUAUUGAAGAAAAGAAGAUAACAAAUAAAAUAAAAAAAAAUCACAGUAGCGCAAAUUCAUCUAUAAAGAUAAUUUUAUGAUUGCCUAUAAAAUUAAACUUGCGUAUAAUUUUGAUUUUACAAAAUUGAUUUAAUUUAUAAACAAGGAACUUAAUUUUCAUAAAAAUUUUGAAAAUUUGUUUGCCAAUACGUAAGUUGUUUUUUAGCUACUGUGUUCGAUAUAAAAAAUAAUUCUUUUAUUUGCAAGUCAAGUAAUUAUAUUUGUUUUUCUUUUGACUGAAAAAGCACAAUUUUACUUCUUGUUGUGACUUUUUUCGAUUAUUGAAGGCAAAAAAAAAAUUUUUUUUUUUAAAUAACAUUACGAAAAUUAUCAAUAUUUUUGCAUUUACUUAUUUUUUUUUUUAAUAAAUAGUUUAGUAGUUUUACAAAUUAAAAGUUAUAGAACCAAACAAUAAUUAAUGUUUUAUAACUUUUGCAGAAAAUAAAAAAAAGCGAAUAAAUAAACAUUAAAAAAAAAAAAAAGAAAAAUCUAAACACACUUCGUCGAAUUCAGUUUAAUUUCAGUAAAAAAAUUUAAAUAUUUCUAUAUAACUCUAAUUAAAAAUAAAUUGUAUUUUAGUUUUAACUCUUAGUUUUUUGAUUUAAUUCUAUUUUUUUUUUUAGUAGAAUUUCAUGUUAAAAAAAUAAAAAAAAAAUUUUUUUUUAUAGUAAAUUUUUAAAAUAAUUAAGAAAACUUCUUUCAUCAAAUACCACGAAUUUAAUACAACAAAAACGUUUUCAUAAUUGCAUAGUAAAUUUCUUUUGAAUAAAAAUUAAUUCUAUUUGUAUAGUCUACAUGAGAACUCUUAACAUAGUUUUCUUAAGUACUUUUUUAAAUAUCAGAUUAAAUCUAAAAUUUAUUUUUUUCAGAUUUUUAUUAAAAUCAUAAACUACAUUUUUUUGUUAAAAAAUACAGUAAAAAAAAAUUGAAUAAAAUUAUUUUUUUAAAUUUUUUUCUUACAUCUAUUUGAGAUUUUUUUUAUUUUCAAAUAUAUGUAAAUCAAAAUAUAAGGUAUUUUUGUUUUGAUAAAACGCAGAUAAUUUUUUACAAAACAUAAAAAAUUUUAUUUACCGUGUUUUAGGGAUACCACCGUUUUAGGUUUAAUUUGAUGCCUAAAAAAGUUCUCGGUUUUUUGUUUUUUUUUUUUCUAAAUUGAAUUCAAAAAUACAAAAAAAAUUUUAACUUUAUAGAAAUAAAAAAAAUGUUUUGCAUGUUUCUCAAUGUUUAAAUUUCCUUUUUAUUAAAUAUUGUUUGGGUUUUGAUGAUUUUUGUUUUUCUAGUUUUUUUAACAAUUUAUUUUCACGUAUUUUUUAUGGAAUAAAAUUUAUAAAAAUGUGUAAAAUGAGAUAAUAGUAAAUUUAAAGGAUAACUUUUCGCCUCACCAGUAGUUUUUUUUAUUUUUUAUUACAUACAUAUUUUAAAAAGAAAAUAUAUAUGUACAUAAUUUUUAUUUUUGCGUUAAAAGAUAUAAAAAUUAAAGUUUUAUAUAUAUUAUACAUAAUUUGACUUUGAUUUUGUUUGAAAGAUGAUAAAAUUAUAAAAAAAAAUUUUUUUUCUUAAACAUUUUUUAAUAUGCUUUAAAGUUGAUAUACUAUAUAUAAUUAUUUUACAAUUUUUUUUGCUAAUUAAAUAUAAAUUUUUUCUUAAUAAAUAUAUAUUUAUAUAUAUUCAUAUAUAUUUAUGUGUAUAUGUUUAUAUCUAUAUAUAUUUUCUUUUGUACAGUGUUAAAAUAUUUAUUUUUAUCUCUAAAUUUUACAAGAAUUUUUAAGAAAAAUCUUAAUAUUAACAUAAAUUAAUUUUUUUGAGGUGACAAUAUAAAUACACGUCUUUAAAAUUUUUGUUUUGUCGAUUUUUUUCAAAAAUAAUUAAAAAAUUAAAAUUUUUCGUUUUUAAAAAUUGCAUACAUUUGAUAUAAAUUGAAAAGUAAAUUCAAUAAAAAUAAUAAAAUAUAUGUGGAAAUACAUUGUGAAACAUGAAAAUCCUACUAAAAAUUAAAAAUAUUCGAAGAAACAAGGUAGUAAUUAUAGAUCAAAAUAAAAAAUUCAAUAAAAAAAAUAACAAAAUUUAAAAAUUUAAAAAAAAAAAAAUAAAUAAA